AUGAGGAACUUCUUCGGCCACCGUGUUGACAACAUCGACGACGACGGCGCCAACGCGGCCUUCUCGCCGAGAAACCGGCCGGCUGCCGCCCCCCAGCCCAGAUCCCAGAUCCCUUCCCGCCGCGUCAUGGCCGAGCUCGUGCCGCCGACGAACGUCCGGGUCAGCCUCACGGGGGGGCUGGGCGUGCGCAUCACCCGGACCGACCAGCCCGAGGCGACGGCCGAGCGGCGGACCGCGGACCGCACCACCGGGUGGACGUCGACGGCGCCCGAGCAGGCCGUCGUGGGCCACGGCACGACCGAGCUGCUCCGCCGCCAGCUCGACCAGCUGGACGCGCUCGCGCCGGGCGCCCUCGUGCAGUUCGCCGUCCACCCGCUGCACCGCUCCGCCGUCAGCCCGCGUGAGCGCCUCCCGCCGCUGCCCAACCCCCUUCGCCCCCUCGCUCCCGCCCCCGUCGCCGUCGCCUCUGCCGCCGGACAAGAUCGAGGUGCUCAGCAGCAGCCGGUCCCGAACCGGCACGAGAGGCCACGCCUGAUUGUGACCUUCCACACGCGUGUGGGCCCUGUCACUGGCAGAGUGAUCUGCUGGGCUACUCGGGACGAGAACUAG